UCUAGUACCGAGCUCUGUAACUGAGGAAAAAAAACCUUGGCGGGAGAAGCCAGCAGGCACAGCAGCCUUCACACAGCGAGACGAGCUUAGAUCGCUGCAAUCAGAGCUUUACUAAUGGAGAAAUCACUGGCAACGCUUGACAACGGCACGACGUGCUCCUCGUGGAACUACUCCGGCCAGAGGUUGGCCACCGGCUCCGUAGACGGGACGCUUUCAAUCUUCGAUUCCGGCGACCCUGCUUCUACGUCUUUCAAAUGUACCUCCAAAGCUAGGGUGGGUGAGAGUGGUGUUGUGAAGGUAGUAUGGAUUCCGCCGCUAUUUGGCGAUGCAGUGGCUUGCAUUGACGGGAAUGGAAGCUUGUCUCUAUGGGAAGAGUUGGCUGAAGAUGCGCAAGCUGUUGAAUGGAAGCACAGCAAAAGCUUUCAGAGCAACUCUGCUAAAGUGUUGGAUGUUCAAUUCGGAGUUUUCCGGACCAUUUUGAAGAUGUAUGUUCAAUUGGUGAUUGUCUUUGUUUGUAGCUCGCAGGUUGUUGCAUAUUCAGAUGGUCAAGUGAAAGUGUACGAGCUCUCUAAUCCAUUAGAGUUGAAGAACUGGCAGCUUCAGGCUGAGUUUCAAAAUUUGACUGAUUCGGUAGCUAAAUUAGCCAAGGCUUCAUGCUUCUCUGCUUCCAUCUGUUGGAAUCCACAAAGGGGUGAUGGCCAGGAGUUGAGCUUUGUCUUGGGCUUCAAUUCAGAUACACCACAACUCAACUCUUCCAAGGUGUGGGAGUUUGAUCUAGACCACCAACGAUGGGUCCCAGUGGCCGAGCUUGCUUUACCUGAAGACAGAAAAGAUCAGGUGUUCUCUGUUGCAUGGGCACCAAACAUCGGCAGGCCAUAUGAGGUCAUUGCUGUUGCUACUCACAAGGGAAUUGCCAUAUGGCAUCUCGGAUCUAACCCCGACACCGAUGGCAGACUUUCAGUGGAGAGGGUUGCUUUACUCUCCGGCUAUGAAGCAGAGGUUUGGCAAAUGGAAUGGGAUAUGAGCGGGAUGACUCUAGCGACCACAGGGACUGAUGGAAUGGUGAGACUCUGGCAGUCCAACUUGAACGGUAUCUGGCACGAACAAGCCGCAUUUGAGCCCACUACCUAGUUCCUGCCUUCUUAUCAUCAUGUGCUCUAUAUAGAUUCCUUUGUGGAGUCCUAGCUUCCUUGCUUUUUAAGCGGUCAUUGCUCUGUAACACCACCAUAGAACCAGCUCACAGCUGCUUUUCUCCCUUACCUGCGCCGUGAGUUGUCGUCCAUGUUUAAACCUAGCAUUCCUUUUAUAUCUUGGUGCUUACCAUUGGAAAGGAAAGAAGUGGGCUUAGCUGGUUUCUCCAGUAGAAGUGUCCCCUUUUUGAUUGGUUGACCUUUUCAAUCGAUGAUUCCGUGGGACAAAGGUUCAUCUUGUCCAUUACAUUGUUUAUUACCAGGUAAAACUAGCUGAACCGUGGCUUCUGCUAGGAGAAUGUUUUGAAGGACAAAGUGUUGAAGCAUAUACUUGGCUGUCUAGUUUUUGUGUCUUACCUGUUUGGAGUCUUGGCUGACCAUCCGGUCCGGCAAUCCAUGUAUGGUAAUGUUAGUGUGUGUGGUGUGUCGAGUUUAUCGAAUAACAAACUUCUCAAUAAAUACGAUCGAGUAUUUCGGCUGUCUGAUUUUUGUCUCAGGAGUCUGAUAAUUGGAG